GGGACUGCUGGCACGCCGUCCCGUCCUGUCGGCCCACCUUCCAGAGGCUGGUGGAAGAUUUGGACAGAAUGCUAACCCUGGUUGCCAACCAGGUAACCACCAGGAGGCACCAUCACACUCAUUCCACUGGAACGCCAACUAACAUCGGACUACCUGGACUUCUCCGCCCCUCUCAAGCACAGUCCCCUGCUUGGCUCCUCCCCCAGGAUCCGCUCCAUGUAGACGCCCUCUUCAUCCUUAUUUGUUGUUUGUACCGUGCGUGAAUAUUGUAAAUAAGUGUGAAUAUGAUGAUUGGUAGGUGAUAAUCAGUGUGAGGAAGGUGUUUAGGUGUGAUUGGUGGAUGCGGAAGAUUGACAGGAAGACAUUUGAUGCUUGAAACUUCUCAUUUAUGGACAAGAAGACACUGAAAGGGACAUGAGACGUUUAGUGUCCAGCACAAAGACGUCGUCAGGUCAAGAAAUGAAAGACACGAUUGCUUCAUCUACUGGCGGCUGCUUGGCUCCGCCUCCUGGUCGUCCAGCGAGCGCCGCUUCCUGGCGAAGAGGUGGGUGGGGUCGCGACCCUGGAAGCCGGGCUGGAUGUUGAAGACGGGGACGUUCCUCCAGCUGGCCGGGUCGCUGAAGGGGGCGGCGGCGGCCUGGCCGGCGCCACACUCUUUGUUCUGGACCAUCUGGAGGAAGGUCUCCAUGUCGGGUCCCAAACGGGCCACCAGGCCGGCCCUCACCGCCGCCACCGUCUGCUGGUCGCACGCCUGCAGCGUCUGCAGCAGCGUGCUGUAGUACCUGCGCAUGCGGGUAUCAAUCGGGGGUCAUUGAGAGCAGCCUGUGUUGUCACGUGACCGGUGGUGGGCGUGUCCUGACCUGUUGGGGAAGUGGGCGGGCACCUGCACCACCUCUCCGAUGGCAUCCGGGUUGGUGCGAGCGACCGUGCAGAUGUCGAGGCUGCUGAAGCACUCCUCCUCCACCUGCAACGUAAAGGACACGUGAGGGGUGGAGCCUGAGGGCGGGGCCUGAGCGCGUCCCUGCCACCCACCUCAGCGAUCAUCCUCUGGAAGAUGUUGCAGCGGCGGAUGGUCUGGAAAACCUUGGCGCUGAUUCCCUGAGCGAUGCACUGGAGACUCUUCUUGACGAACGUUUUACCCUGCAAACAAGCAGCAGCCCCGUUAGCUAGCUAGCAAGUGUGCACGCGUGCCGUCUUGCCACGCCCACCUCCGUGUUGAACGUCGCCGCCGAGUGGAGGAAAAGCUCGCAGAUCUCGUGCAUCCCGUCCGUGUCGCACGUGGAGUUUUCCAGGCAGGAGAAGAAGCCGCAGCCCACCGCCACCGCGCCGUUCAGGCAUCGCGCCACGUCGGCUACGUUAGCAACAAAAAGGUACAAAUACUGUAGUACUCCCCUCCGAGUGACCUUGACAUGAACAAAAUAAAGAGUGACAUGUGAGUGAAGGUGCAACCUGGGCUGUUGGACGAGAAGCGGGCCCGGCGGGGGGCGGCCUCCUCGGGCACGAGGUCGAAGCAGGAGGCCGAAGCCAGCACGAGGACGAGCAGCGGCGCGGCGAAGGAGGUGGACGUCAUCGUGAGGAUGAGGCGGUGAGGUUCCGCCGGGUCCGCGGGGCAGUCUUUUUAUAGGAGCCCGGCCGGCCUUCCACCAAUCGCAGUGCGGCGCCGGCGGCCGACCGGUGACGUCACGCGCCGCUGGAUGGAGGAAUGUUCCGUCAGGGGAAGCUUGCUAACAUCCGCGUCGUUGGGAUUCUGCUCACGUUCUUCCUCGGCUCUGCUCCGCCAGAGCGGAACCACAUCGUCACACUCGGCACCGGCAGCCGAUAACGACAACGCCUCAACAUCAAUGACGUGGAAACUAUACAGCCACUACUUAUAGUACUACUUAUAGUACUUAAUACAGCAACUACCACCUUUAUUAUACUUAAUACAUCAACUAUGUAGAAACUAUACAGCAAUUACUUAUAGUACUUAAUACAGCAACUAUGUAGAAACUACAGUUUAUAUACUGUACUUGUACUACAUAAUACAUCAACUAUGCAGCAACUAUAAACUACAUAUAAGCGACAGUACAUAUAAGUGCAGCGCGGGGGACAUUUGCAGCCCAUGGCUGAUUUUAUUGGUCCACAGCACAGUCUAAGCACGUAUAUUACACCUAUAUUACACCUAUAUUACACCUAUCUUACACCUAUAUUUCACCUAUAUUACACCUAUCUUACACCUAUAUUUGACCUAUAUUUCACCUAUAUUACACCUAUAUUACACCUAUAUUACACCUAUAUUUCACCUAUAUUACACCUAUAUUACACCUAUAUUACACCUAUAUUACACCUAUCUUACACCUAUAUUACACCUAUAUUACACCUAUAUUACACCUAUCUUACACCUAUCUUACACCUAUAUUACACCUAUCUUACACCUAUAUUACACCUAUCUUACACCUAUCUUACACCUAUAUUUCACCUAUAUUACACCUAUAUUACACCUAUCUUACACCUAUAUUUCACCUAUCUUACACCUAUCUUACACCUAUAUUACACCUAUAUUACACCUAUAUUUCACCUAUCUUACACCUAUAUUACACCUAUCUUACACCUAUAUUUCACCUAUAUUACACCUAUCUUACACCUAUAUUACACCUAUAUUUCACCUAUAUUUCACCUAUAUUACACCUAUAUUACACCUAUAUUACACCUAUAUUUCACCUACAGUAUAUUUCACCUAUAUUUCACCUAUAUUACACCUAUAUUUCACCUAUCUUACACCUAUAAUUCACACCGAUAUUUCACCUAUAUUACACCUAUAAUUCACACCUAUAAUUCACACCUAUAUUUUACCUAUAAUUCACACCUAUAUUUCACCUAUAUUACACCUAUAUUACACCUAUAAUUCACACCGAUAUUUCACCUAUAUUACACCUAUAUUACACCUAUAUUACACCUAUAUUUCACCUAUACUCCACCUAUAUUUCACCUAUAUUAUACUUAUAUUUCACCUAUAUUACACCUAUAUUUCACCUAUACUACACCUAUAUUUCACCUAUACUACACCUAUAUUACACUUAUAUUACACCUAUAUUUCACCUAUAUUACACUUAUAUUUCACCUAUAUUUCACCUACAUUACACCUAUAUUACACCUAUAUUACACCUAUAAUACACCUAUAUUUCAUCUAUACUACACCUAUAUUACACCUAUAUUACACCUAUACUACACCUAUAUUACACCUAUAUUUCACCUAUAUUUCACCUGUAUUUGAUCUAUAUUUUACCUAUAUCACACCUAUAAUUCACACCUAUAUUUUACCUAUAAUUCACACCUAUAUUUCACCUAUAUUACACCUAUAAUAUAUUUCACCUAUAUUACACGUACAUUACACCUAUAUUUCACCUAUAUUACACCUAUAUUACACCUAUAUUUCACCUAUAUUUCACCUAUGUUAGACCUAUAUUACACCUAUAUUACACCUAUAUUACACCUACAGUAUAUUUCACCUAUAUUUCACCUAUAUUACACCUAUAUUUCACCUAUCUUACACCUAUAAUUCACACCGAUAUUUCACCUAUAUUACACCUAUAAUUCACACCUAUAAUUCACACCUAUAUUACACCUAUAUUUUACCUAUAAUUCACACCUAUAUUUCACCUAUAUUACACCUAUAUUACACCUAUAAUUCACACCGAUAUUUCACCUAUAUUACACCUAUAUUACACCUAUAUUUCACCUAUACUCCACCUAUAUUUCACCUAUAUUACACUUAUAUUUCACCUAUAUUACACCUAUAUUUCACCUAUACUACACCUAUAUUUCACCUAUACUACACCUAUAUUACACUUAUAUUACACCUAUAUUUCACCUAUAUUACACUUAUAUUUCACCUAUAUUUCACCUACAUUACACCUAUAUUACACCUAUAAUACACCUAUAUUUCAUCUAUACUACACCUAUAUUACACCUAUAUUACACCUAUACUACACCUAUAUUACACCUAUAUUUCACCUAUAUUUCACCUGUAUUUGAUCUAUAUUUUACCUAUAUCACACCUAUAAUUCACACCUAUAUUUUACCUAUAAUUCACACCUAUAUUUCACCUAUAUUACACCUAUAAUAUAUUUCACCUAUAUUACACGUACAUUACACCUAUAUUUCACCUAUAUUACACCUAUAUUACACCUAUAUUUCACCUAUAUUUCACCUAUGUUAGACCUAUAUUACACCUAUAUUACACCUAUAAUUCAUACCGAUAUUUCACCUAUAUUACACCAAUAAUUCACACCUAUAUUACACCUAUAUUUCACUUAUAUUACACCUAUAUUUCACCUAUAUUUGAUCUAUAUUUCACCUAUAUUACACCAAUAUUUCACCUAUAAUACACACUUAUAUUUCACCUAUAUUACACCUAUAAUAUAUUUCACCUAUAUUACACGUACAUUACACCUAUAUUUCACCUACAUUACACCUAUAUUUCACCUAUAUUACACUUAUAUUUCACCUAUAUUACACCUAUAUUUCACCUAUACUACACCUAUAUUACACUUAUAUUACACCUAUAUUUUACCUAUAUUACACUUAUAUUUCACCUAUAUUUCACCUACAUUACACCUAUAUUACACCUAUAUUACACUUAUAAUACACCUAUAUUUCAUCUAUACUACACCUAUAUUACACCUAUAUUUCACCUAUAUUACACCUAUACUACACCUAUAUUACACCUAUAUUUCACCUGUAUUUGAUCUAUAUUUUACCUAUAUUACACCUAUAAUUCACACCGAUGUUUCACCUAUAUUACACCUAUAAUUCACACCUAUAUUACACCUAUAUUUUACCUAUAAUUCACACCUAUAUUUCACCUAUAUUACACCUAUAAUAUAUUUCACCUAUAUUACACGUACAUUACACCUAUAUUUCACCUAUAUUACACCUAUAUUUCACCUAUAUUUCACCUAUGUUAGACCUAUAUUACACCUAUAUUACACCUAUAAUUCAUACCGAUAUUUCACCUAUAUUACACCUAUAAUUCACACCUAUAUUACACCUAUAUUUCACUUAUAUUACACCUAUAUUUCACCUAUAUUUGAUCUAUAUUUCACCUAUAUUACACCAAUAUUUCACCUAUAAUACACACUUAUAUUUCACCUAUAUUACACCUAUAUUUCACCUAUAUUACACGUACAUUACACCUAUAUUUCACCUACAUUACACGUAUAUUUCACCUAUAUUACACCUAUAUUACACCUAUAUGUCACCUAUAUUACACCUAUAUUUGAACUAUAUUACACCUAUAAUUCACACCGAUAUUUCACCUAUAUUUCACCUAUAAUUCACACCUAUAUUUCACCUAUAUUACACCUAUAUUUCACCUAUAAUACACACUUAUAUUUCACCUAUAUUACACCUAUAUUUCACCUAUAUUACACCUAUAAUUCACACCUAUAUUGCACCUAUAUUUCACUUAUAUUACACCUAUAUUUCACCUAUAUUACACCUAUAUUUGAUCUAUAUUUCACCUAUAUUACACCUAUAUUUGAACUAUAUUUCACCUAUAAUUCACACCUAUAUUUCACCUAUAUUACACCUAUAUUUCACCUAUAAUACACACUUAUAUUUCACCUAUAUUACACCUAUAUUUCACCUAUAUUACACCUAUAAUUCACACCUAUGUUGCACCUAUAUUUCACUUAUAUUGCACCUAUAUUUCACCUAUAUUACACCUAUAUUUCACCUAUAUUACACCAAUAUUACACCUAUAUUUCGCCUAUAUUUGAACUAUAUUUCACCUAUAUUACACCUAUAAUUCACACCUAUAUUACACCUAUAUUACACCUAUAUUUCACCUAUAAUACGCACUUAUAAUUCACCUAUAUUUCACCUAUAUUACACCUAUAAUUCACACCUAUAUUUUACCUAUAUUUCACUUAUAUUACACCUAUAUUUCACCUAUAAUUCACACCUAUAUUACACCUAUAAUUCACACCUAUAUUUGACCCAUAAUUCACACCUAUAUUUCACCUAUAUUACACUUAUAUUUCACCUACAUUUCACCUAUAAAUCACACCGAUAUUACACCUAUAUUUCACCUACAUUUCACCUGUAAUUCACACCUAUAUUUCACCUAUAUUACACCUAUAAGUCACACCUAUAUUUUACCUAUAUUUCACCUAUAUUACACCUAUAUUUCACCUAUAUUACACCUAUAAUUCACACCUAUGUUGCACCUAUAUUUCACUUAUAUUGCACCUAUAUUUCACCUAUAUUACACCUAUAUUUCACCUAUAUUACACCAAUAUUACACCUAUAUUUCACCUAUAUUUGAACUAUAUUUCACCUAUAUUACACCUAUAAUUCACACCUAUAUUACACCUAUAUUACACCUAUAUUUCACCUAUAAUACGCACUUAUAAUUCACCUAUAUUUCACCUAUAUUACACCUAUAAUUCACACCUAUAUUUUACCUAUAUUUCACUUAUAUUACACCUAUAUUUCACCUAUAAUUCACACCUAUAUUACACCUAUAAUUCACACCUAUAUUUGACCCAUAAUUCACACCUAUAUUUCACCUAUAUUACACUUAUAUUUCACCUACAUUUCACCUAUAAAUCACACCGAUAUUACACCUAUAUUUCACCUACAUUUCACCUGUAAUUCACACCUAUAUUUCACCUAUAUUACACCUAUAAGUCACACCUAUAUUUUACCUAUAUUUCACCUAUAUUACACCUAUAUUUUACCUAUAAUUCACACCUAUAUUUCACCUAUAUUACACCUAUAGGUCACACCUAUAUUUUACCUAUAUUUCACCUAUUUUACACCUAUAUUUUUACCUAUAAUUCACACCUAUAUUUCACCUAUAAUUCACACCUAUAUUUCACCUAUAUUACACCUAUAUUAAAUUAUUAUAUUUCACCUAUAUUUCACACCUAUAUUACAUUAUUUUAUUACACCUAUAUUUCACCUAUGUUUCACACCUAUAUUACACCUAUAUUUCACCUACCCAUAUUUCACCUAUAUUACACCUGUAUUACAUUAUUAUAUUCCACCUAUAUUUCACCUCCGUGAAUCACCACCUUACCGUGGUAGAGGGGUUUGUGUGCCCAAGUGACCCUAGGAGCUUUGUUGUCUGGGGCUAUGUGCCCCUGGUCGGUUCUCCCAAGGCAAACAGGUCCUGGGUGACGGGCCAGACCAAGCGUGAUUCAGAAGACCUUCGUGAGCAAACACACGAGGAGAGACCACACCUCGCCCGGACGUGGGAUACCGGGGCCUCACCCUGGAGCCAGGCCAGGGGAGGGGCUCACAGGCAAGCGCCUGGUGGUCAGGCUCUCACCCGUGGGGCCCGGCCGGGCUCAGCCCGAACAAGCCACACGGGAUCUCCCCCCCUGUAGACCCACCACCUGCGGGGGCAAGCAUAAGGGUCCGGUGCAUUGUACUUUGCGUGGCGGUCGAGGGUGGGCGCCUAGGCGACCUGGUCUUCAGCGGCCAAAUCUGGUUCUUGGGACAUGGAAUGUCACUUCUCUGGCGGGGAAGGAGCCCGAACUUGUGAGAGAGGUUGAGAAAUUCUGACUAGCUAUAGUCAGACUCACCUCGACCCACAGUUUGGGUUCUGGAUCCAAACUCCUCGAGAGGGGCUGGAUCUUGUUCUACUCUGGAGUUGCUGCUGGGGAGAGGCGGCGAGCUGGUGUGGGCUUAUUAAUAGCCCCCCGGCUCGGUGCCUCUGUGUUGGAGUCAUCCCCGGUUAACUAGAGGGUCAUUUCCCUACGCCUUCGGGUUGGGGAAAGGGUCCUGACUGUCAUUUGUGCGUACGUGCCAAACGGCAGUUCAGAGUACCCAGCCUUCUUGGAGUCCAUUAGAGGGGUGCUGGAGAGCACCCCAACUGGCGACUCUGUCGUUUUGCUGGGAGACUUCAACGCCCAUGUGGGCAAUGACAGUGUGACCUGGAUGGGCGUGAUUGGGAGGAACGGCCUCCCCGAUCUGAACCCGUGCGGUGUGAUGUUGUUGGACUUCUGUGCGAACCACAGUUUGUCCAUCACAAACACCAUGAUCAAACAUAAGGAUGCCCAUAAGUGCACAUGGCACCAGGACACCCUCGGCCGCAGGUCUAUGAUCAACUUUGUAGUCGUAUUUUAGACCUGCAUCUGCAUAUUCUGGACACGCGGGUAAAGAGAGAGGCUGAGCUGUCAUCUGAUCACUACCUGGUGAUGAGUUGGAUUAGAUGGCGGGGGAGGAUGCCGGACAGACCCGGGAGACCCAGACGUGUAGUGAGGGUUUGCUGGGAACGUAUGGCAGAGUUUUUUGUUCAUUGAGUCUUCAGCUCUCACCUCCGGCAGAGCUUCGCCUGCAUCCCGGGGGAGGAUGAGGAUAUUGAGUCCGAAUGGGCUCUAUUCCGUGCCUCCAUUGCUAAGGCAGUCGAUCAGAGCUGCAGCCGCAAGGUGGUUGGUGUCGGUCGUGGCGGCAAGCCCCGAACCCGAUGGUGGACACCAGAGAUCAGGGCUGCCAUCAAGCUGAAGAAGGAGUCCUACUGAGCAUGGAUGGCUUGUGGGACUCCUGAAGCAGCCGAUAGGUACCGGAAGGCCAAGCGGCACGCGGCUUCGACGGUGGUCGAGGCAAAAACUCGGGUGUGGGAGGAGUUCGGUGAGGCCAUGGAACACAACUUUCGGUGGACCUCGAAGAGGUUCUGGCAAAUCGUCCGGCGCCUCAGAAAGGGGAAGCAGUGCCCGGUCCACAAUGUUUACAGUGGGGACGGGGGCCUGCUGACCUCGACUGAGGAUAUAGUCGGGCGGUGGAAGGAAUAGUUUGAGGCCCUUCUCAAUCCCACAGACAUACCUCCCAUAUAGGAAGCGUAGGCUGAGGACACGAACGCGGACAGUUCCAUCACUGUGGCUGAGGUAUCUGGGGUAGUCAAAACGCUCCCCAGUGGCAAAGCUCCGGGUUUGGACGAGUUUCGCCUAGAAUUCCUCAAGGCUCUGGAUGUUGAGGGACUGUCUUGGGUGACACGUCUCUUCAACAUUGCGUGGAAGUUGGGAACAGUACCUCUGGAUUGGCAGACUGGGGUGGUGGUCCCACUUUUCAAGAAGGGUGGCCGGAGGGUGUGUUCCAACUAUAGGGGGAUCACACUCCUCAGCCUCCCUGGGAAAGUCUAUUCCAGGGUGCUGGAGAGAAGGGUACGACCGUUAAUCGAACCUCGGCUACAGGAGGUGCAAUGUGGUUUUCGUCCUGGUCGCGGAACACUGGACCAGCUCUACACCCUUGCAAGGAUACUGGAGGGUACUAGGGACUUGGAAAAGGCAUUCGACCGUGUCCCUCGCAGUGUCCUGUGGGGGGUGCUCCGGGAGUAUGGGAUUAGUGGCACGCUACUACGUGCCAUUCGGUCCUUGUACAACCGGAGCAGGAGCCUGGUUGGCAUUACCAGCAGUAAGUCAAGCCUGUUUCCGGUGAACGUUGGCCUCCGCCAAGGCUGCCCUUUGCCACCGAUUCUGUUCAUAAUUUUCAUGGACAGAAUUUUGAGGCGCAGCCAAGGUGUCGAGGGAGUCCAGUUUGGGGGCCUUAGGAUUUCAUCUCUGCUAUUUGCAGACGAUGUGGUUCUGAUGGCCUCAUCGGGCUGUGACCUGCAGCGUUUACUGGGACGAUUUGCAUCUGAGUGUGAAGCUUCUUGGACGAGACUCAGCACCUCCAAAUCUGAGGCCAUGCUUCUCAGUCGGAAAAGGGUGGAUUGCUCCCUCCGGGUUGGGAAUGAGGUCCUGCCCCAGGUGGAGGAGUUCAAGUAUCUCGGGGUCUUGUUCACGAGUGAGGGAAGGUUGGUGCGUGAGGUCGAUAGGCGGAUCAGCGCAGUGUCUGCAGUAAUGCGGUCGCUGUACCGGACCGUCGUGGUGAAGAGGGAGCUGAGCCAGAAGGCAAAGCUCUCAAUUUACCCUUCGAUCUAUGUUCCCACCCUCACCUAUGAUCAUGAGCUUUGGGUCGUGACCGAAAGAACGAGAUCGCGGAUACAAGCGGCUGAAAUGAGUUUUCUUUGUAGGGUAGCGGGACUCACCCUAAGAGAUAGGUUGAGGAGCUCGGUUAUCCGGGAGGAGCUCAAAGUAGAGCCGCUGCUCCUUCACAUUGAGAGGAGCCAGCUGAGGUGGCUCGGGCAUCUAGUCCGGAUGCCUCCCGGACGCCUCCCUGGUGAGGUGUUUCGGGCAUGCCCAGCUGGGAGAAGGCCCCGGGGAAGACCUAGGACACGGGUAUUUACUGGUUUGAAAUAGGAAGGAAUUUUGUGUUGCCAUAAGAUCCUCUGGAGUUUUUCGGAGACCCCCUCUACAUAAGGGACUACCACUCCUCUCCUUUUUGCUUCUGUGGGCUUUUGGGUUUCUUUUCCUACUCUCUUCUUUUGACAUUUGUUAAAAGCCCACCGCGGGUACCCACAGGUUGAGAGCGCUCUCUGGACAUGUUGUGUCUCCUUUUUCCUUCCCUCAGCACUAGUUGGUAUUUGUUCCGCUCUAUGUUGGAGGGUCCUAAUAACCCCCAGUUUAUGUUGUAGUGGAUGGUUUGAUUCAAAAAGCAGGUAUUGGUCAGUGUGUGUGGCCUUUCUAAAGACCUCUGGAAGUAGCUGUCUGUGCUCUCCUAUAAUUACCUUGCAGUCUAAGAAGGCUAGUUGCUUCUCUUUAGCGUCCUCGCGAGUAAAUUUGAUAUUGGUGUCCACCGCAAUUUCUUGUUUUUUGAUUAUGACAAAGGUGUCAUCCACGUAUCUAAACCAGUGCCUUGGUUUUGUCCCUGAGAAGGAUGUGAGAGCCUGUUUCUCCAUCUCUUCCAUGUACAGAUUCGCCACUAUGGGUGAGACUGGUGAGCCCAUAGCACAACCAUGAAUUUGUCUGGAAAAUUUCCCUCUAAACUGAAAAUAUGUAGUGUUAAGGCAAGUUUCCAAUAAUUGGCAGAUGUGGUCAGCACUAAGUUUUGUUCUCCGAUGCAGAGUUGAGUCCUCGAGCAGUCUCUUCCUCACCACCGAGACUGCUGCUGAGGUGGGGACGGAUGUGAAAAGUGAAGUCACAUCAUAAGACACCAAAGUUUCCUCUGGCUCCAAUCUGAGGUCUUUGAUCCUCGCCACAAACCCUUUUGUGUUCUCUAUAUGAUGAUCAGUGUUGCCUACCAAUGGGGAUAAGACUGUUUUUACAUAUUUAGCUACAUUGUACGUGGUAGAGUCAAUGCUACAGACAAUGGGUCUGAGGGGAAACCCUUCCUUGUGAAUUUUUGGAAGGCCAUAGAUACAUGGUGUAGCCUCCCCAGGGUAUAACCUAUGAUACAUCUGUCUGUCAAUUAGUUCUUCCUUCUCUAACUUUUGGAGACAGUGUAUGAUUUCUUUCUUAUACCUACUGGAUGGGUCCCUUUUAAGUUGCUCAUAUGUGUUGGCAUCACUAAUUAGACUUGUUAUUUUUUCUUCAUAGUCCAAUGUGUUGAGAACCACUGUGCAUCUGCCCUUAUCAGCUGGUAAGAUGGUGAUGCUCUCAUCUUUCUGCAGAGCCGCUAAUGCUUUCCUCUCACCUACCGUGAUAUUGGACGGCGGUGGUUUAGCACUACUGAGAAGGGCCGAUAUUCUCAGACGAAGGGCCCCUGCCUCUGUUCUAGAAAGGUUGUUGUUCCUGAUGGCCGAAACGUUCGAACACCUUCUUCACAGAAGUACAGAUGACGUCUCAAGAAGCCUUUCCCUCGAUGGACAACUCCUGUACGACUGAGAGCCUACACCUAUAUUACACCUAUAUUACGUCUAUAUUACAUUAUUAUAUUACACCUAUAUUACACCUUUAUUUCACCUAUAUUACACCUAUAUUACAUUAUUAUAUUACACCUAUAUUUCACCUAUAUUACACCUAUAUUACACCUUUAUUUCACCUAUAUUACAUCUAUAUUCCACCUAUAUUUCACCUAUAUUACAUUAUAUUACACCUAUAUUUCACCUAUAUUACACCUAUAUUACAUCUAUAUUACACCUAUAUCACACCUAUAUUACAUUAUUAUAUUACACCUAUAUUUCACCUAUAUUAUAUCUAUAUUACAUCUAUAUUACAUCUAUAUUACAUUAUUAUAUUACACCUAUAUUUCACCUAUAUUACACCUAUACUACACCUAUAUUACACCUAUAUUUCACCUAUACUACACCUAUAUUUCACCUAUAUUACACCUAUACUACACCUAUAUUACACCUAUAUUACACCUAUAUUUCACCUAUAUUACACCUAUACUACACCUAUAUUACACCUAUACUACACCUAUAUUACACCUAUAUUUCACCUAUACUACACCUAUAUUUCACCUAUAUUACACCUAUAUUUCACCUAUAUUAGACCUAUCUUACACCUAUAUUACACCUAUAUUUCACCUAUAUUACACCUAUAUUUCACCUAUACUACACCCAUAUUACACCUAUAUUUCGCCUAUAUUUCACCUAUAUUACACCUAUAUUACAUUAUUAUAUUACACCUAUAUUUCACCUAUAUUACACCUUUAUUUCACCUAUAUUACAUCUAUAUUUCACCUAUAUUACAUUAUUAUAUUACACCUAUAUUUCACCUAUAUUUCACCUAUAUUACAUCUAUAUUACACCUAUAUUACACCUAUAUUACAUUAUUAUAUUACACCUAUAUUUCACCUAUAUUAUAUCUAUAUUAUAUCUAUAUUACAUCUAUAUUACACCUAUAUUACAUCUAUAUUACAUUAUUAUAUUACACCUAUAUUACACCUAUAUUUCACCUAUACUACACCUAUAUUUCACCUAUACUACACCUAUAUUUCACCUAUAUUACACCUAUAUUUCACCUAUAUUACACCUAUACUACACCUAUACUACACCUAUAUUACACCUAUAUUUCACCUAUACUACACCUAUACUACACCUAUAUUUCACCUAUACUACACCUAUAUUUCACCUAUAUUACACCUAUACUACACCCAUAUUACACCUAUAUUUCACCUAUAUUACACCUAUAUUACACCUAUAUUUCACCUAUAUUACACCUAUAUUUCACCUAUAUUACACCCAUAUUUCACCUAUACUACACCCAUAUUACACCUAUAUUUCACCUAUCUUACACCUAUAGUUCACCUAUAUUACACCUAUAUUUCACCUAUACUACACCUAUAUUACACCUAUAUUUCACCUAUCUUACACCUAUAUUACACCUAUAGUUCACCUAUAUUACACCUAUAUUUCACCUAUAUUACACCAAUAUUACACCUAUAUUACACCAAUAUUACACCAAUAUUACACCAAUAUUACACCUAUAUUACACCUAUAUUACACCUAUAUUACAAAGGUGAAAUGCAGUUGGGUUUUUUUAAGCUCCAUCCAGUAUAGCUUCUUAGCAUGUCUGCAUGUGCUGCGUUACAAAAUAUCAACGUGGCAAAGUUGCAUCCUUUCACUUUUCACUAUGUGGCCCUCACUGGAAAAAGUUUGGACACCCCUAUACUGCAUAUUCUACACAUACAGGAUGUACAUUAUAUUAGAACUGUUAUACACAAACUAGGAGAUUUAUCAGGGGUGUGCAAAGUGAGGCCCGGGGGUUAUUUUUUUUACCGGCCCGUGGCACAAAUACAAAAAACAUCAUUCAAUGGGAAAACCAGAAGACAAAAAUGGAAAAAUCAUAAAAAGUCAUCUUACAAGAAUAAAGUCAAAAGUUGUAAUCUGAAAAGAAAAAGGCGUCGUUUUAGGAGAAUAACGUUGUCAUAUUAUGAGGAAAUAAGGGCUUUUUUUGUUUUUAAAAAAAAUAAUAUUAUGGGAGUAGAGUCCAAAUAUCAUGAAAAUAAAUUGAAUAAAGUCGUAAUAUUGCAAUAAAAUGUACAAGAAAGUUGAAAUAUUUGUAAAAAUCUGUAGUAAUUUGACAAUAAAGUCAAAAUAUUAAGAGACAAAAGUUGUCUUGUAAUUUGACAAGAAUGAGCUUGUCAUCUUGAGGAAUGCAAUGUCACUUUAGUAGCAUAAAGUAGAAACAAGGUUGGGGAAGUUGUAAUAGUAAUAAUAUGUCAAGUGUGUAGACCGUACUGUAGAUAUAGAGUAUGUAGAAUAUAGAGUAUGUACACUAUAGUGUUUGAUAAUGUGAUGUGGAAAAAGUGUUGUCUUAUCAGCAACAGGAAGUAGUGACCCGAGGUUAACCACGUAGAUAAACAUCUCCUCCGCUCAUUAACUAGCCACACGCACGCACAUGCACACACCAGCAGCAGAACCUGUGAAGAAAACAACUUUUUAAUGGCCCGGACCCUUCACAAUAAAAGCACAGGCAUUUCCCGUUUGUGUUCACUCAGAACUCCACGUCCCAGCCCGACUCCUCGUCAGGGGGCUCGUCUGCGUCCAUGGGAAAGUCGUCAAAGUUGCUGCUGUCCAGUGGGCCGUCCACCUGGCGGGAAGGACACGGGUCACCACGCCGGCCGCCACGACACCUCCCGCUCCUCAC